AUGUCUACCACCAUGCAGACCGUCGACUCAACCAAUGGCAAAGCGCUCGAAAGCAACCAUGCCGUAUCUUUCCCUGCGCAAGUUCCCAAGGGACUACCACCGGCAGCGACGGCAAUGCCCAUUGGCGCCUUUUCCACAACGCUGACCACUCUCUCCCUGAGUCUCAUGGAAUGGAGAGGCGUCACAACCACCAACGUCUACGUAGCAAACUUCUUCUUCGUCGCAGCAAUCGGUAUGCUCAUUUCGGCGCAAUGGGAGCUUUCUGCGGGUAACGCGUUUGGCUACACUGUCUUCAGCGCUUUUGGUCUAUUCUACGGGGGUUACGCGGCUAUCUUGACUCCAGCCUUUGGAAUUGCCGACGCUUAUGGCCAGGACACGGCGCAGUACAACAACGCACUGGGCUUCUUCAUGAUCAUGUGGGCUGUCUUUGCACUUACAUUCCUUAUUGCUUCGCUCCCUACCAAUCUUGCAUAUAUCCUCAUCUUCGUAUUUGUCGUCCUGGGCUUCCUUUUCGUCGCAGCUAGUUACUUCGCCAUAGCCGAUGGCCACGACGUAUCUUCGAUCGGCCUUAAGAAAACAGGGGGUGUCUUUUGCUUCUUGGCUGGUCUAGUUGGGUGGUACCUGACCGUUCAUCUGUUAAUCAAGGAGAGCAUUGUUGAGCUUCCUCUGGGAGACACUUCACAACAUUUUCCAAAAACGAGAAUCUUCACUUGCACGUACGUAUUCACAGCGACCGAUCACGUCAGAGAAUGCUUAAUUGACGAGCUUUCCGGGUUCCCAACUGCCGAGCACGUCAGGGGCGCUAAACUGACGAGUACAUCAACCGGGCAGCACGCGAGAUGGCGAAGCAUUUCACCAUACUAUCACGCCCUGCGGGGCUUAAGAGGUUCAUAUGAGGCAUGGAUUGUCCCUGCGACGAAUUCCGGGCAUCUUGUUAGUUUUAGAGCCACUCAAUUCUUUCAUUUUGUAUCGAGCAUUUCUCCAGAUCCAUUAGACUCGAACUUUUCAAUCAUGGCCGCCCCUGGAACCCCCACCCCAGCAAUCGAUCCCAGUGUCUACGACGAGUACAAGAAAAAAUGGUCAACCCAGCCAAACAACAGGUCUGAUUGGAUUCAGCGAGCCGAGGAGGUUGCCGCUGUUCUGGCCAAAGAUGCGGGCCUCCGUGAGAGGCAGAACAAGUCACCGCGUGCCGAAGUAGCCCUCCUCAAGCACGCUGGUUUGUUAAAGGUUCUUGGCCCCAAGAAGUACGGUGGAGGUGAGCAGCCUUGGAGCGUUGGAUACCAGAUCAUCCGAGAAGUUGCCAAGGGCGACGGAUCACUGGGGAUGCUCUUGGGUUACCACCUUCUCUGGUCAACCACUGCCAACGUGGUCGGCACUCCCGAGCAAGCAGAUCGGUUCCAAGAACUCAUCAUUUCCAACAAUUACUUUGUUGGCGGUGCCGUCAACCCACGCGACAAUGAUCUCAAGAUCACAUCAGAUGGUGACGGUCUUGUCUUUGAAGGCUUCAAGUUCUUCAACACGGGAGGCGUAGUCUCAGACCUGACGGUUUUGGAGGGAUCGUACAACGGCACCGAUGACCACAUCUUUGCCAUUGUGAAGACAGACCAACCGGGAAUUCAGUUCUCGUACGACUGGGACAAUGUCGGUCUUCGGUUGACUGAGUCUGGCAGCGUCCGGAUCAACAAGGUCACCGUACCGUGGGCAGACGCCUUGGGCUGGGAUGCGGUGCAGAGGAAGCCUGAGCCGUCGAUCCUCGGAAUACCCUUUGCAACGCUACUUCUUCCCACCAUUCAGCUAGUCUUUAGCAACUUCUAUCUCGGCAUUGCAUGGGGCGCCUUGAACGAGGGCGCUACGUACACCAACAAGUCGACGCGAGCCUGGCCGUACGGCGGUGAUAACAAGGAGAAACCUCAAGAGGAGUUCUAUAUCCUUUCAACGUACGGCAACUUCCUGGCACAUCUUCGUGCCGCAACUGCACUGGCUGAUCAUGCUGGCCUGAAGGUGGAUGCCGUCUACAAGAGCUCGGGUGAUGCUACUACCAGAGCCAAGGUUACGGCCCAGGCACGAGGCGAGCUUGCCGAGUGGGUUGCCAGUGUCAAGGUAGUGGCCACCGACACCGGCCUGCGAGUGACUUCGGGCGUGUUCGAAGUGACGGGCGCAAAGGCAACGGCGACCAAGGUUGGCCUCGAUCGCUUCUGGCGAGACAUCCGUACCCAUAGCCUUCAUGAUCCUGUGGCGUACAAGAAUCGGGAGCUCGGACGUUACCACCUGCUUGGGGAAGUUCCUAUGCCGACGUGGUAUACCUAAGAGUUGAGCAUAAGUAGCCACCAAACUUCCCUUAUACAAGGCCUGGGACUGCCUCGAAGCCGGGCUGCCCUUCCUAAAGCUGACUGAAAGCUUGGCGAUUGGAGGUUUUCGAUGGUAGAGGCCAAUAAAGACCAAUACGAUCCUGUUGUUAGCACAUCCGUAUGAGCCACUGCCUUGUUCCGAGUUGGUUUCACGCCCAAAAUCUCCCAGAAACAUGACAUUAAACACACAGCAGGGAGUCAAGCGUCUCGAGCCUCCAGCCUUCCUUCACAAGUUCGAUGGAACUGAGGAGUUCGGCCAUGCUCAACGGCAAAGC